GUCAGAGAUCGUACAGAGACACUUACCCACAAACACACACGCAAACAACCACACACACACGCACUCACACACUGUCAGUCACUUACUCACUCACUCACUCACUCACCAGAAAUACAUUAACUUCAGAUGACUCCAGAGAUCAUUUUUGAAAAACUACCCAAACGAGGACCAUGCAGGUCACAGUAGACUUCUCUGAACUCAUGAAGUCAGAGUGGCUGAGAAUCACAGUCCAUCAUUUCUGAAGGCUGGUGAAAAGUCUGAGCUGCAGUUACAGUCACAGAAUACAAGCGAACGGCAGAGUGAGAUAAGCCAUGCGCGAGGCACCCUGCAGCUGGCCGUGCUGCGAUAUGUUUGGGGUAAAAACCUAAACCUCAGGCUUUGGCAUCCUAACUGAAUCACACAGGCUGAUGAUUAGACUCCUUUCAUUUUUUUCUCUCCUUGCGCAAUGCCACGUUCUUUUUUGGUGAAGAGCAAGAGGGCGGGGUCUUAUUCAACACGACCCACCCAUUUCCAUGCCUACAACAAUGAUAGACACCUCGAAGCCUCUCAGAAACCCAAUAGGAGCACCUCACCUGAAGACCUAGAGCUCCAUCCAUUAUCCACAGCAACCACCACUGCUUUGAACUCCUCAGUUCAAUGGGUUCCUACGGCAACCAGCCCUGACCCUGUCUCUCAGGCUGAGAACUGGGCUUCCUGGACAGCAGAGCAACUGUGGAGUGAGGAUGGGUCAGUGUCCAUGUGGUUGCCCCCGCAUCUGAGGACUGUAGGGAGUUUGAGGGACAGAGAACAGGAACUGGAGAGACUGGUGCAUGCCCUGCUGAGCCACAGACUGCAGCUCAAUGUCAAAACGCCUCUGUGCGAAUGUCCACUUUGCGAGAAGGUCCUGUCAUCUGCUGUUGGCUUGGUGACCCACCUGCGCAGGUCACAUGUUAACAGAGUUGCUGUUCCUUUGUCUGGAUUUGGUGGUAAUUCACAACAUCAUGGGUUGCAGCCCUCUGCAGGAUUCUACAGCAGAGCUAAAGAGCGUAGUUUCGGCUGUAAGGUGUGCGGCAAGGUGUUUAAACGUUCGUCCACUCUGUCCACUCACCUGCUGAUACACUCAGACACGCGGCCGUACCCCUGCCAGUACUGCGGCAAAAGGUUCCACCAGAAAUCAGACAUGAAGAAACACACCUUCAUACACACAGGUGAGAAGCCCCAUGUGUGUGUGGUGUGUGGUAAAGCAUUCAGUCAGAGCUCAAACCUGAUCACACACAGCAGGAAGCACAGCAGCUACAGGCCCUUCAGCUGCCCGCACUGCACCCACAGCUUCCAGAGGAAAGUCGACCUGCAGCGCCACCUGGAGGCACACAGCAACAACAAUGGCACAGAGUACAAGGGCACCUGAAGAGGAGAGUGGACCAAUAAAACAAUCUUGUGUCCUGCUUUGUGCAUUGGGGUGUAAAAACGCAUUACAGUGCAUCGAUUCAGCUGCAUUAGUUAUGGAGGGUGGGAAUGGAUUAUAUUAUGGUCAACAAUAUAUGCAAAUUUUUUGGCCAAAAUACAAUUCUCAAACUAAAUGUAUACAAUGCUGAAAAUACAAUGGGUGUGUAUAAAAUAUCUAUAUAUAGUACCAACAAUACAGUAGACCACCCUUUGAUUAUUCAAUUUACAGUUAAAUAAAGUACAGGUUAUCCAUUUUCAGCAUCAGGGAAAAACCAGAAACAUACUGGUAACACUUUA